AUGGGCUCCAGCAUCGUCCCGCUCUGCCUAGUGCUUCUGUUAUGUUACGUGUAUGGUACUCCAGUCUCUGUCAGGCACCUCUCCAGUGAAGCCACAGCAGAUGCUGAGGUUGGUGAGAUAAUCAAAGACAUUCCAGACAUAAACUUAGAUCUGAAUGCCAAAGGAGUCAUUCUCCAGGCAUUUGAAAUGUUCCGCCUUAAGUCUUGCGUUGAUUUCAAGCCAUAUGAAGGAGAGAGUACCUACAUAUUCUUUACAAAAGAAAGCGGGUGUUGGUCCAUGGUGGGGGACCUGCAGACUGGACAGAACCUCUCUAUUGGUGUAGGGUGUGACUACAGAGCGAUUGUGGAACAUGAGCUCCUGCACGCUUUGGGAUUUUAUCAUGAGCAGUCGAGGAUGGACCGGGAUGACUAUGUGACCAUCUGGUGGGAUGAAAUUAUUGCAGGCCAAGAGCACAAUUUUCUGAAGUACGAUGACAGCUACAUCACUGAUCUGAACACCCCUUAUGACUAUGAAUCAGUGAUGCACUAUGAACCAUUAUCAUUUAACAAAAAUGAAAGCAUCCCCACAAUCACAGCAAAGAUACCAGAAUUUAAUAACGUAAUUGGACAACGUCUAGACUUCAGUGCCAUUGACGUGGAAAGACUGAAUCGCAUGUAUAACUGCACUUCAACUCACACUUUUUUGGACCAGUGUGCUUUUGAGUUUGAAAAUAUCUGCGGCAUGAUUCAGGGCACCAGAGAUGAUCUAAACUGGGUCCAUCAACAGAGCAGUGCUAUAGGGCAGGAGGACCACACACUUUCUGGGCGCUGUAGAGAUGCUGGCUAUUUCAUGUACUUCAACACCAGCUCUGGCAAGGCAGAUGAGGUGGCAAUCCUAGAGUCUCGAAUCCUUUAUCCAAAGAGAACCCAGCAGUGCCUCCAGUUCUUCUAUAAGAUCACGGGAAGCCUUUCUGACAAGCUGAUCAUCUGGCUUAAAGAGGAUGAUGGCACUGGAAAUGUUCGCAAGAUGAGGAAAAUUCAAACCUUUGAAGCGGAUAACGACUAUAACUGGAAAAUUGCCCACGUAACCCUCAACGCUCAGAAGAAAUUCCGUUACCUCUUCCAAGGACUAAAGGGCAACCCCAACUCUUCAUCUGGUGGGAUUGCUAUUGAUGACGUCACACUGACAGAGACCCCCUGUCCCACAGCUGUGUGGCUCAUUCGGAAUUUCAGCCAAAUCCUUGAAAACCCAGCAAGUGACAUUAUUGAAAGCCCCCGGUUUUAUAGCCCGGAGGGUUAUGGUUUUGGCAUAACUUUGAUUCCCCACUCCAGUGUCAGUGGCUACAGUCGCAUUGCCUUUCACCUGUGCAGUGGAGAGAACGAUGCUGUUCUGGAGUGGCCAGCUCUGAACCGCCAAGCUAUACUCACAGUGCUGGACCAGGACCCUGAUGUCUUGAAAAGGAUGUCCUCAAGCAAAAGCUUCACCACAAGCAAAGACCAUCGUACCUCAGAUGUUAAUGGAACCUUAAUAUGGGACAAACCAUCAGUUGUUGGAAAAUUUGAUCCCUCAUGCAAUUGUUAUAGAAGCAUCUCCUGGGGGUGGACUAACUUCAUAUCCCACAGCCAGAUGAGACGGAGAAGCUUCCUGAAAAAUGAUGACCUGAUUAUUUUUGCAGAAUUUAAUGAUAUAAUUCACCUCAAUAACACUGAAGUCCCUGUUGAACCUAAACAACCUGCCUUCAUGGAAGGCCACACCCUUGAAAGGAAGAAGAGAGAAGCCCUAGAUAUGGAGCCCGUUGAAGACCAGCUGCCUCAUCUGCAAGACCCGUGUGACCCAAACCCUUGCCAGAAUGACGGAGUCUGUGUGAAUGUGAAUGGGAGAGCAAGCUGCAGGUGCCCAUCAGGACAAGCCUUCUUCUUCACAGGUGAGAGAUGUCAGUCAAGUCAGAUCCAUGGGAACAUCCUGGGAAUGACAGUUGGUGGAAUUGCUGGAACCAUUGUCUUAACCAUCGUCCUGAUUUCCAUGAUGUCUAGAAGAUAAAGAGCUGCAG